UCUGCAGAAACUAGAAAGAAUAGAUAGAUAGAUAUGAGCAAAAGUAUUAACAGCAAUGAUGGUGGGCCUUGUGGUGCUUGCAAGUUCUUACGCCGGAAGUGCAUCAAAGGUUGCAUCUUUGCACCUUACUUCGACUCAUCAGAACAAGGAGCCUCGCACUUCGCGGCUGUUCAUAAGGUGUUUGGUGCAAGCAACGUUUCCAAGCUUAUCUUACGGUUACCCGUCCAUAUGCGUGUUGAUGCUGUCCUUACCAUCUGUUAUGAAGCAUUGGCUCGGAUUAAAGACCCUGUUUAUGGCUCUGUUGGUCAAAUCUUUGCUCUCCAGCAGCAGGUGGUGAAUUUGCAGACAGAGCUAGCCUUUAUUCAAGCCCAUCUCGCAACCUUGGAGCUUCCACCACCGCCCAUGUCGCCAACACAGUCUCCAGCUGCCUCUGCAAGCCUCCAUGCUUCUGGUACAUCCACAUUAUUGGAUCCUGUGCAGUUACAAGAAAUGUUUGAGACGGCAAGUUGUUGGAACCAAACUGACCACCAAGAUGACAACAAUGGCGAUCUGCCGGCAUUAGCACGAGAAUUUGUUUCUAAAUACUUUCCAGGAGCAAGAUUUCAGUCACCGGAUUCCUGUUAGAGAGCC